AUGUCACAACAACCAACUAUUGAUACUUUAAAGCCCGUUUACAAUUUGAUUGAAUUAGGAUUAGAUGAUUAUGAAGAAAAUGAACUUGUUCUUGAUACUAUUCAUGAUUUAAAAUUAUUUUUUGAGAAUUCCAAUAAUUGUACUUGCCGUCGAACUCCAAAACAAAGAGAUCUUAGAACUUGCUUUGAAAAAGUAGGAUUUAAACACUUUUAUGAAAGACAUUUUGAGUUAAAAGCUUUAGAAGCACAAGAACGUGAACUUUUUAUAAAAUCGCAAUUAUUGUCAUUUGAAAUUACUAAUGAAAAAUCAGAUAAUAAAACAUCUGAAAAACAUACAUAUAAAUUUAAUUAUAACAAUUCCUUACCGCUUUGUAAGCCUGCAUACUUAAAAUUGUGUGGAAUGAAUAGUUACUUACUUUUUACCUUACAAACUCAUUUACAAUUAAAUAGAUUGACUGAACGUGUUUACAGAAAUACUAGACGUGUGGCUAAAACAGAAUCGAGAGUUUUUUUAGAUUUUAAUAUAACAUUCCCAAUUAAGCAAUUUUUAAUACAAUAUGGAACAAUUUACAAACUUUCUUCUCCAUUACAGCAUCAAGAUGAUUCAGAUGUUUUUAUUUAUCUUCCAACUGAAAAUUAUGCAAAACUAUCAGUUGCAAAGCAAGAUAUUGAUGAAUAUAAUAAAGUUCAA